AUGUCAUGUAAAGGAGUUGAGAGGGUUCAGCUUUUAAGAAGCUGGCUUGUUGCCCUUAAAGAAAUUGACAGAUUAUGCAAUGAUCAAAAUGAUAAGAAGAAUAUUAUUGAUGAGGAUAAUAAUAAUAACGUUACUAAGGAUGAUAACAACAGCGACAGCUGUGACACUACUGCUAAUGAUAAUGACAGAAACAACGUUGAUCAGUUCUCCUAUGAAGAGAUCAAAGAUUCAACCCAAAAGCCAACUUUGGUGUAUUACUAUGACUCUGAAAUCGGGGAACCAAUGAAUUUUUGGGAGGUUUUUCUGUAUGGUCAAGCUCUUGAAAGGAUGACACUGUCAAUGAUUCUUGAAGCACCAAAUGAGGAAGAGGUUUCACUAUUUGCAGAAAUACUUAGGAUCUGUAUUGAAGGAGGGAAGGAAGUUCAUAAGACAGUAAUGAGCAGCAUAAUGACCUUAGCAGUGGCAUUCUCAAACUAUCAAGAGGAAGUAUUGGUAAGUACAUUGCAUACAUGUUAA